AUGUUUUUUUUUAUUUUCUUUCUUCAUUGUUUUCCUGCUUUCUUCUUCAUUUUUGCUUACAUUCAAUUUCUUUCUUCGUUCUUUUUUCUUUUCCUUUCUAAUUCUUCUCCUUCUUUCGUCGUCGCUUCUUGCUUAUUUUUCUCAUUGUUUCUCCGUUUUCUUUCUUUGUCUUUCUUUCUUCGUUCUUACUUUCUUUCAUUUCUUUCUUCGUCCUUUUUCCUUUUUCUUCUUCAUUCUUCUCUUACUUUCUUUAGUCGUCACUUCUUUCUCCAUUCUUCCUCGUAUUUUCCUGUUUUCUUUUUUUUUUUUGGCUUUCUUUCUUCGUUCUUUCUUCCAUUUCUUUUUUCGUCCUAUUUUCUUUUCAUUCUUUAUUCUUCUUUUACUGUCUUUCGUCGUAACUUAUUUUUCUUCAUGGUUUUCCCGAUUUCUUUCUUUCUUCUUUCUUUCUUUUCUUUCUUCACCUUUUUCUCUCUUUUUUUUUCUGCUUCAUUAUCUUUCACUCACUUUUAUUGCUUUUCUUCAUCAUUUCUGAAUAUUCUUCCUUUCUUUAUUUCUUUCUCUGUUUCGUACUCUUUCCAUUUUAUCUCUUACUUACCCGCUUCUUUCUUUCAUCAUUUCUUUUACCUCUUAAUCUGUCCUCCUUUCUUUUUUCUCUCUCCAUUUUCCACCUUCCCUCUCUCUCCCUCUCUCUCUCCCUCUCUCUCUCUCUCCCUCUCUCUCUCUCCCUCUCUCUCUCUCUCUCUCUCUCUCUCUCUCUCGCAUACAUGUACAUUUUCUCUCUCUUCCAAUCACUUUCUUAUCUAUCCGUAA